GUCAGUUCCUCUCCAAGUUCCUUUCCAAAAACGAAACCAAAAUUGAAAGAGGCCUGAGUGAUUCGCUUUAAAAAAUGAAAGCGCGGUAUCUUUUAAUAGUUUUAUGUCUGGUGUCUCAUAUAACUGUAACAUUAUCCUCAGUUGUUCUGGCUGUGAUCGCGGCUGUCGCCUCUAUAGGCCUAUACAUAUACAACACUGAACCGGACGGUUUGCUGCCUUUUGACUCUAAACGUUUGGAGAAAGAUUUAAAUGAAUCUCUCUUUGGGCAGCACAUCGCGUUUGAUGUUGUACUAAAAUCUCUAUCAUCAUUUAUGACCGACAGCAAACCAAACAAACCGCUGGUCCUCUCUUUCCAUGGAAAUACAGGAGUUGGGAAAAAUUAUGUCACUAAAAUCAUCGCAAGAAAUGUGUACGAGAAAGGGGACAACAGCAAGCAUUUUCACUUAUUUGUACCUGGCAAUUAUUUUCCAUAUAAAGAGUAUUCACCUGCCUACAGCGCACAUCUAAAGAAAUUGAUUGUUAAAGAAGUAUAUUGGUUUCCCCGCUCCAUGUUCAUAUUUGAUGAAUUGGACAAGAUGAAUCCUCAGCUGAUCAACACCAUUAAACCUUUUCUAUACUACAAUGCCCGUGUAGACGGAGUGUCAUUCCGCAAUGCAAUCUUCAUUUUUCUCAGUAAUGCAGGUGGGAAUGAGAUUGCUGAAGUGGCUCAGGAUUUCAGGAGAGAAGGCAAAGAUCGGGAAGAGAUCAAGAUGAACAGCAAGGAACUGGAGACUAAAAUCUCUCAAAGCAUCAUGAGUGGGAAAACAGGUGGAUUCGCACAAUCCAUUCUAAUAGAUCAUCAUCUGGUUGAUCACUUUAUUCCUUUCCUACCUCUGGAGCUGGAGCAUGUGCGUCAGUGUGUCCUGGCUGAGAUGGUCCAUCUGAAGAUAAAACAAAACUUUGAUUUGGCAAAUGAAGUGGCCCAAGAAUUGUUUUACUCCUCUAAAGAAGAGAAAAUCUUUGCAGAUAAAGGCUGUAAGUCAGUCACCACGAAGUUGCAGUUCAAGAUUGAUAAUUAGAUGAACAGCUUCUCUUGCGCCAUCUUAUCUUCCUAUACCAUCUAUUCCUUUCCCCUCAUCUUUUUAGCUCUUCCACUGUUUUUUUCCAGCUCAAUAUUACCCUUCCUCUAUCCUCUCCAAAACCUCUCACUCUUACACCUUUUCCUUUUCCCAUUCUUCUUCUUUUUUUGUUUUGUUUUGCUUUUUCCCUUUUAACAGAGUUUUGUUUGGAAAAAUGGUGCACAAAUGAUUGUCAUUGUGACCAAUAAAAAGAAACUGUUUUUUCUUGAUAUAUUAAAGUUUUGGUAGGCUGUAUGAAUGUAUUGUGAAAACAUUUGAGAAUUUUGUGCAGAUGUGUUUAGAAAAAAUAAUGGAAUUCGUAAUUUGCAUGAAAUUAAGGAAAAUUUCACUGUGUUAACUGUUUUGAGAACAGUGAACUGAGUUUGGAGAAAAACGUAUUGAGAAAAACUGUAAUAGGCCACUCUUUCUCUUGAGUUAUUAAAAAGUGAAAAUUA